AUGCUUCAAACAUUAGUUCAAUUAUCAAUUACACCUAAAUAUUUAUUUUCUAAUCUUAUAGAAUAUUUAAUUUUUCAUAAAUUUACACCAUUAAAGAAACAAAUAAUACCAGAUAUUAAAAUAAUUAAUGAAUAUAAAUUAAAUAAUCAACAAAUUAAAGUUAUUAAAGAAGUUAUUCAAUCUCUUCAAGAAAAUAAACCACCAAUAACUCUUGUUCAUGGAGUUUUUGGUUCAGGAAAAUCACAUCUUCUUUCAGUAUUAUGUAUUUUAUUAGCAUCAUUAAAUUAUAAAGUAUUAAUUUGUGCAUCAACAAAUGUUGCAGUUGAUAGAGUUCUUGAAAGUUUAUUAACAAAAAACUAUAAAUCAUUUUUUCGUGUUGGUUCAUUAAAAAAAAUUAGUAAACAAAUUUUACCUUAUACUAUUUCUGAAAAUGAUGAUGGAUUAAAUGAUCUUAAAGAAUUAAAAAAAGAAAAAUUAUUAUCAAAUAUUGAAAAAAUAAUUAUUGAAAAUGAAAUUAAUGAAAGAAAAACUGGUAAUUUUGAAAAAAGGUCUCGUGAAAUUAAAUUAGCUUCUAUUGUUGGUGUCACUUGUGCUUCUUCUACAAAUCCUCUUCUUAAUCAUUCUUAUGAUAUUAUUCUUUUUGAUGAAGCUACUCAAACUAUUGAACCUAUGUCUCUUAUUCCUAUUCUUAGAUUUAAUCCAAAAUGUAUUGUUUGUGUUGGUGAUCCUAUGCAACUUGAUCCUGUUCUUCAAUCAGUUCAUCUUUCUGCUUCUCUUUUUCAAAGACUUUAUUCUUUAAAUUCUCCAAUUUUAUUAAAUCUUCAAUAUAGGUGUUGUCCUCCUAUUAGUAAUAUUGUAAAUAGACUUUAUUAUAAUGGUCUUUUACAAAAUGCUCCUAAUGUUUAUAAUCAACUUUCUCUUAUUCCUGAUGCUAAUGAAAUCAUAAUUUGUUAUCAUGACACUAAUGAUGAGUUUUCUCUUGCUUCUAGUUAUUAUUCUCUUUUCGAAAUUCGUGUUGUAAAUCAAAUCAUUUCUAUUUUAUCUCAUCUUCUUAUUCCAUCUGAUCGUAUCGGUGUCAUUUCUUUUUAUAAACAACAAUGUGCUUAUCUCGCAUCUUCUAUUUCUCUUCCACAAAUCACUGUAGCUACUAUUGACGCUUUCCAAGGCGCUGAAAAAGAUAUCAUUCUCCUCUCUUUCGUCAGAAAUAAACACUCUUCCUUUUUAGAAUCCCCAAAACGUCUCAACGUCGCUCUUACUCGCGCUCGAAAUAACUUAUUCUUUAUAAUCCACAAAUCAAUCUUAUAUCACCCUUUUAUCCAAAACAUCCUCUUAAACUCUAAAGUCUCUUACAUCGACUGUGACCUUCUUCUUCUCUCUAAAAAAUUCAUCUUUGAUUAA